GCAGCCUUUGCAAACAGAACAGGCCACCAUCUCUCUCUGUGGAGUAUCUUCUAAGGCAAACUUUCAUUUACCGACCUCCUUUCCAAAAGUUAAUCAUGUCAUUCAGUAGAGAACGCCAACAAGACAAUGCUUUAUUUAGAGAAGAAAGAGCACAGAAAGAAGAAAAAAAGUUGAAGAAGAGAAGGGAAGAUCCUGUUUAGUGUUUCACACCAAACUCGCACUAUCCAUGGGUUCUGCUAAGUUCCUGUAUCUCGUGUUACUGCCCUCCCUGUUUCUCUUGGUACCCACCACCGAAGAGGUCGACCUGAACUUCCCAGCCAUAUUCAACUUUGGGGAUUCGAACUCGGACACCGGCAACCUGGUGGCCGCAAUGGGCGAGAAACUCGUCCCACCCAACGGCGAGACCUUCUUCAAGAGCCCCGCCGGUCGCUUCUGCGACGGAAGGCUCAUCGUCGACUUCUUGAGCGACGCUUUCAAUCUGCCACUUCUCGAUCCAUACUUAGAUUCAUUGGAUAAUCCAGACUUCCGGAAGGGUUGUAAUUUUGCAGCAGCCGGAUCGACGAUACUACCGGCAACCGCAUCAGCAGUUAGCCCAUUCUCAUUUCGCAUCCAAGUAUAUCAGUUCCUCAGAUUCAAAGCAAAAGUUCUUGAAUUGCAAGCUCAAGGUGAUAGGUCUCGGAAGUUUCUUCCUAAGGAAGAAAUCUUCAAUCAAAGCCUGUAUAUGUUUGAUAUUGGUCAGAAUGAUCUUGCUGGUGCGUUUUACUCAAAAACUGAGGAUCAAGUGAUCGCUUCCAUACCAACAAUCUUGUCAGAGUUCGAGAAUGGAAUCCAGGAGUUGUACGACGAAGGUGCAAGGAGAUUCUGGAUUCAUAACACUGGUCCUCUGGGAUGCUUGGCUCAAAACGUUGCAAGGUUUGGGCAGGACCAGCUCAAGCUAGAUGAGCUUGGGUGUGUAGCCUCUCAUAACAAAGCUGCCAGGCUUUUCAAUUUGCAACUCAAUGCGCUCACAAGUAAAUGGCGAGGGCAGUUCUCCGAUGCCAACUUCACAUAUGUGGAUAUCUUCACCAUCAAAGUCAAUCUGAUCGCGAACUUUUCGAAAUAUGGAUUUGAACAGCCAAUAAUGGCUUGCUGUGGAUAUGGAGGCCCACCAUUGAACUAUGAUAGCCGGGUAUCUUGUGGACUGACGAAAAACCUAAAUGGAUCCUCAAUAACAGCAGGAGGAUGCAACGAUGUGACCGACUAUGUGAACUGGGAUGGCAUUCACUACACAGAGGCUGCUAAUUUUCAUGUUGCAUCACGAAUCCUGACAGGAAAAUUUUCUGACCCGCCAUUUGUAGAUAAAGUGCCAUUCAGUCUGAAAUUGGAGUUUCAAGCUUAGAAGUUAGACUGCAAUCUUUCCAAGAUAUGGGCUCUUGAUUAGCAUUGACAUAAGGCAACGUAUUUCUUUUCUCCUAAUAGAUUGAGCUACAUAGAAGUGUUUCUCUUUUUCA